CGAGAAAAUGCGGCUAUCCGCGAUUGUUGAGUUGUUGCUGAUUCUGCUUCUGGUCGCGUUUGCUGCUUACGGCAGAGUUAUCGAACGUGACCAGUCCGAGGAGCGAUCGAUCAGGAAUGGUAAUGCUUUGAAGCAGAGCAACGUUGGAGUAUCGACGCUGUCGUUAAAACAAGCGGCCGACAACGUCAACAGAUACUGCACCUGCAACGAGAACAUAUGCAAUUGCUGCCGGGACUUCCAUAUACCGCUGGUGCAGCUACAGGGGCCAGGUAAUUGUUCUAUGAUUUAAUUGAAGGUAAUAAAACGCGGCUAUUAGAAAGCAUAACAGGCCAGCUGUAAUCAGAGAAUUUUGACCAGCACUAUCGUAAAUGGGAAGAGUCCGAAGCCAGUGUGCGUUCCGUUACCAGGAGGUUUCACGAAAUUCUGCGGGAGGAUUUACUCGAUUCAACGUGAUGUCAAGAACCACUUCAAAGCCUGUCUUGGAUUGGAGCUACAAUCAGCGACGGAACUGGAAGCCAGUUUACGCGUCAGCUGUUUCAGAUUCGGUCCAGAUGGUCUCAAAUUGCGCCCAGCAGAGCCCCUCCCGAUUGUGGAAGCGGAAACGCCGGAGGACGAUGACGACGACGACUUUUUUGGUCUGGGUACCGACGAAGACGAUGACGACGAUGAUGCUGAUGAGGCCAACGAUAACUCACCGUUAACUAACUCCGUGCCAAAUUCUUCAGCCGAAGACGAAGACGAGGAGGAGGACGACGAAGACGUUCUUGGCUUCGGGGCUUUAUUAGAUAUCAUAACUGGCGAUGACGAGUCGACGACGAAGAAACCGAAGGUCACCACAGCCGCGCCUCUUCUUCAGUUCACGAUUCCGCUUCUGACCAAGCCUACAUCCGCGGUGCCUCUAGAGUCCUACGAAGCGUCCACCGUUGGGAACAGCGUAGGGGAGGAGAACGACGAAGAAAACGAGUACAAUCAAUCACUGAAUGUCCAGGAAGAAGCCACCGCCGAAGAGGACACCGACGAGUUCGCUGUCACCGACACGACAGCUAACGAAGCUGAAGAUAUCGUCACUGAGGCAUCUAACAAAGUGCUGGCUUACGCAAAACCAGCUAAAGCUCCGGCGAAAAAGGUGACGACACUGGAAGUGAACAAGAAGAAGCCCAGCAUCACGAGCACGAGCCUGAACGCGAUCGAAAAUGAAACGGGCGAGAAGAAGAAACCUUUGAAGAAACCAGUUGACGAUGAUGAUGACGACGAUAUCCUGGAAGGAGAUUUGGACGACGACGACGAUGACGACGAUGAAGAUCUUUUCGAAGACGACGAUGAUGAGAAAGAGACCGACGAAGUGGACGAAGACGAGAAUGAGAAAGAUGAAGAGACGGAACACGAGAGCGCUGAGGAUGAAGGUGAGAAAGCUGAAGAUAUCGAGGAUUUAGAUGACGACGACGACGAAGAAGAGGAUGCUGUGAUCAGCGCGCUGGUUUACGAUGAGAAGGAGAAUGGAAAGAAGGGAAAAGUGAAGAAGAAUCACGACACGACUGAUGUAGACGACGAUGAUUCGGAUUAUGGGCUUGGUCUUACAGGACUUUUGGCAAGGAGCAGGCAUUCGAGGAGCGGUCGUCAGAGCAAAGUCAUGAGGCUCUGA